UCACAGCAACAGCUUAGCUAGCUGUCCACUCAUUUUUUUAACAAAUUUCUACAUUAUUUUCAUUUUUUUUCCUCCUUCCUUGAAAUCUCUAGAGAGAAAGAAAGAAGGAAAGAAUCCCAUUUCCUAGAAAUUUGACUCUUCUCUUCCUUCAUUUUUCAUUGGUUUCUUUCAAGAUUGUUGGUUCAGUGUUUCUUGAAAAUCUUUGAGUUGUAUAUGGUUCCAUUUUUGUUGAAGAGAGAUCUGGCCAGGGGUUGAAUUUAGCUAUAGGUUUCUUGAUUUCAAGGUUGUGGUUUUAGAUUCUUGAUUUUUUCUUGAGUUGCAAGAAUUGUUUAAGAUUCUUCUCUCUUUCUUGUUUUUUCUUUUGAGAGACGCCAUUAGAGUAGGAGAUAUAUGCAAGCCUAGUUAGUGUUUUUACAAGUCUACGCGUGGCUGUUAGGAUUGACCUCGUGUAAUGCUGGGUUUACAGCUUUCUGAAACAAGGUCUAACAACCUUUGUCUCACUUGGGUUGCUUUGGUUUCUAGCAAACGUUGUCAGGGUUCACUCUUUUCAGAGAUCUAAUUAGUCUCUUUGUCUCAAAGUUUAAUAAUUUCUUGUAAGGUGUACAAAAAGAAUAAAGAAAAAUGAUGAGAAUGAAGACUGCUAAAACAACAGGGCUGUCACAGAUGAAUGGUGGUUCAGCCGGUGGUGGUGCUGGAGGUGAGUGGGAGGUUAGACCAGGAGGAAUGUUAGUCCAGAAGAGAAGCCCGGAUUCUGAUCGGACCUCUAUCCCUCCACCGACAAUUAGAGUCAAAGUUAAAUAUGGGUCAACCCAUCAUGAAAUCAAUAUUAGCUCACAAGCUACAUUCGGGGAGUUGAAGAAAAUGUUGUCAGGGCCAACAGGAUUGCAUCACCAAGAUCAGAAACUGAUUUACAAAGAUAAAGAGAGGGAUUCAAAGGCAUUUCUUGAUAUUUCUGGAGUUAAGGACAAGUCGAAAAUGGUGCUAGUUGAGGACCCGAUUAGUCAGGAGAAAAGGUUUCUUGAGUUGAGAAAGAAUGCCAAGAUGGAGAAGGCUUCAAAAUCCAUAUCAGAAAUCAGCUUCGAGGUUGACCGGCUAGCGGGCCAGGUUUCAGCUCUUGAAUCAGUAAUUACCAGAGGGGGUAAAGUAGCAGAGAAAACUGUGCUUAAUUUGAUUGAGUUAUUGAUGAAUCAAUUGCUGAAACUAGAUGGAAUUAUGGUCGAUGGUGAUGUCAAAUUACAAAGGAAAAUGCAGGUUAAAAGAGUGCAAAGGUAUGUUGAGACUCUUGAUAUGUUGAAGAUCAAGAAUUCCAUGGCUAAUGAAAAUGGAGAACAGAUUAAGAAUCCCAUGCCUAAUAGCAACGGAAACCAUGCUCCAACGCAGCAGCAACACCACAAACAUUCAAAUGGACAAAAACUAGCCCCAAUUCAAGAGCGGCAACCAAGGUAUACCAAUGGACACUCACUAAUACCAAUUGAAGAAGAACAACCACGGCACUCUUUCGAUAAUUUACCGAUCCACCAACAAGAGCAGCCGCCAAGACAUUCAGCAUCAGGAGCGGUUGUCGUAACCACGCAAUGGGAAACAUUCGAUUGCACGCCGGCACUAGUGCCGGUUCCCUCAACAUCUACAUCCACCCCAGCCACCAAUAAUCCAGCUCAUCAUCAGCCCAAGUUCCCUUGGGAUUUCUUCAACUGAACGCCAAGACACGUAGUAGUUGUUUUCUCUUUGUGUGUGGAUGUGUUUUGGAUUUAUCUCCAGUUGGUUUGUUAUCUCCUCCAUUCUUUGAUGUAUUUAGAUUGUUUAGCAACCCCUUUAGUCUGUCUCCCAUUCAGUUCAAACUGAGAAUAAAUGGGGUUAGCACAAUAGUUGAUUAUUGCUAUUAAUCUGUUCUGUCUUGUAUCCCGCUGUACUCAAAUUCAUUUGCCAUUUUGUAAUGUUCCUGGUUUUUUGACA